AUGAUUCGUAGUGAUUUAUUACAUUUUUGUUUAAUAUUUCUUGUUUUUAUGUUUGGUUUUAUACAAGCAUUGCAUGUUUUAUUUGUUCGAAUUGAUUGCGAUAAUGAUUUUGCUCCUGUUAUUGAAACAUUUUUUCAUAUCUUUUAUGUGACACUUCAACAAGUUACCGGUGCUUAUGAAAAUCUUCAUCGACAUUCAAUAUUUGCUAUUCAAAUCAUUGGAAAAUCUGAAGAACGUACUGGCAUUGAAACUAUGCGUGCACUUUAUUAUAAACAAUUACGACGACAUUUAGAACCAGAAAUGACAUCCAUACAGUCGAAAGCAAAAUCAAUUGCUGUUAAUUCACAACAUAGUUCUUCCGUUCAUGAAGUUAUAGGAGUUAAAAAUAAACAAGAUUCAUUUCGAAAUCAACGAGUACGUGAUAGUUUCAAUUCAUUUGAUACUACUACACCUAUAUAA